AUGGGUACAACUGGCAGCACAUCUUGGCCCUAUGUUGUGUUUGGAGGAAUUAGGGAUUACAUGAUUGAAAGGCAAGUAUUUCCAAAUGGCCUUCCUGAAGAAUACUCUUUAAUAGCCACAUUCCGUGUAAGACGAAACUCCAGAAAGGAACGGUGGCAUAUAUGGCAAAUUUUAAAUCAGUAUGACACCCCACAGGUGUCUGUCAUUGUUGAUGGUUCAAAAAAAGUUGUGGAAUAUAUAGCCAAAUCUGCUCAGGGAAAUGUGCUACACCACACCUUUAAAAAUCGGGAAAUUUAUCCUCUCUUUGAUCGGCAGUGGCAUAAGGUUGCCGUUAGUAUACAGUCAAGGAUUGUUUCCCUCUAUGUGGAUUGUAAAUUAAUUGAGAGAUGGCAGACUGAUCUAAAGGAAUCCAUUGACUUUCAAGGAAGGACUUUCAUUGCUGCUCGAGCUGCUGAUGACAAGCCUGUAGAUAUUGAACUUCGCCGCAUAACAAUUUAUUGUAACCCAAAAUUUGCAGCUCAAGAGACCUGUUGUGAAAUAUCUGAGGGCAUGUGCCCACUGGAGGACAGUUUCAUUACUACUUCUUCGUCACCAGUGACUGUUCGUGUCAACAAAAUACACGCUCUUCCAGUAACACAGCAGGAGUCUAAAGACCAAUGCCUCUGCUUUCCAAACAAAGGUGAAGCAGGAUUGCCAGGAGUAGCUGGUUUGCCAGGCCAGAAAGGAGAUAAAGGAGAAAAGGGUGAAGUGGGUGUUAAAGGAGAAAAUGGUGUUUCUGGUGUUCCUGGGGAAAAGGGAGAACGUGGCUUUGAGGGUAAUAAAGGUGAAGAAGGUGAAAAGGGCUUAAAAGGUGAUCCUGGUGAUCCUGGUCUGGCUGGUCCUAAGGGAGAAAAGGGAGAUGAAGGGCCUCCAGGACAAGCUGCUUUACAGGGUUUGCCAGGGCUAGAAGGUCCUCCAGGUCCACAAGGUAAAGAAGGUCAGAGGGGAAGGCGAGGUAAACCAGGACUCCCUGGUAAACCAGGAUCACCAGGACCUCCGGGCCGGCAAGGAGAAAUGGGCUUAACUGGUACAAAAGGUGAAAAGGGAGAGUCUUCUGAAAAGGGAGAAAAGGGGGAUCCAGGACUGCAAGGUCCUCCAGGACCCAUUGGACCCAGAGGACAUUCAGGAGAAGUCGGUUUACCAGGAGAGCCUGGGAUACCAGGAAAACCAGGAAUUAAAGGAGAAAAGGGUGAUUCUGGUGGAAUUACAGGGCCUCCUGGACAUCCAGGUCCAAAAGGUGAGACAGAGGACUCCCUGGGCCAAGUCUGCCUGGGAAACCAGUAA